GACUGGCCGUCCUCUCUCCUCCCCGGACAUGUGGUGCACCCAGCAGCAGCAGCAGUAGCGGCGGUGGCGGCGACGGCGCGGCGUAGCCUACUACGUCUUUGGAGCUUCUUUUGUCUUUAAUUUUUAUAUCUUUUUGUGUGCUUCUGUAAUGAGCUUGCUGGGGGCCUACAAGAAAAAGACCAGUUACGAUGGCUAUGAAUCUUUGCAGUUGGUUGAUAGCGGCGGAGAUAGCUUCAGCGUCGGCAGAGGGAGCAGCAGCGGCGGCGGCGGAGGCGGCGGCGGCACACUCGCAGGCUCCAUAGCGGCCACCCUUGGACCGAAGGCAGGCCCGCUGAGAGAGGAGGACUGCAGCACCAUGGACAGCUCAGAUAUGGACGCCAACUAUGGCGGCGGACUGUUGGAUAUGGUGAAGGGAGGAGCCGGGAAGUUCUUCAGCAACUUCAAGGACAACUUGAAGGACACGCUGAAGGACACGUCCACCAAGGUCAUGCAUCAGGUUGCCACGUACACUAAAGGGGAGCUGGACAUUGCCUACAUCACAUCACGGAUCAUAGUGAUGACCUACCCAGCCGAGUCAGUGCAGAUUGGUUACCAGAAUCACGUAGAGGACAUUCGCUCCUUCCUCGACAGUCGCCAUGCUGACCACUACACUGUCUUUAACCUAUCACAGCGCAACUACCGCGGCGCCAAAUUCUCCAACAGGGUUUCAGAGUGUAACUGGCCUUCUCGCCAGGCUCCCAGCCUCCACAACCUGUUUGCAGUGUGUAAAAACAUGCACAACUGGCUCAAACAGAAUCCCAAGAAUGUGUGUGUCAUCACCUGUUCGGAUGGUCGUGCUCCCUCGGGUGUUUUGGUUUGUGCCAUGUUCUGCUUCUGCCACCUCUUCAACAACCCGGUUCCUGCCAUGCAGCUGCUCAGCGCCAAGAGACCAGGCUCCGGCCUCUGGCCCUCACACCGCAGGUACAUAGGCUAUGUGUGUAGCAUGGUAUCAGAGAAGCCCAGUCUACCCCACACUAAGCCCUUGAUGAUCAAGGGUCUCACUAUGACUCCGGUCCCCUGCUUCAACAAGCAGCGCAGUGGCUGUCGGCCCUUCUGCGACGUCCUCAUUGGAGAGACAAAGAUCUUCACCACUGCACAGGAAUACGAGAGGAUGAGAGAGCACAGGGUCCAAGAGGGUAAGGUAGUUUUCCAUCUGGGUGUAAGUGUGCAAGGAGACGUGGUUGUUUCAGUCUACCACAUGAGGUCGACCAUCGGUGGACGUCUGCAGGCCAAGGUAUCCAACACCCAGAUCUUCCAGAUCCAGUUCCACACUGGCUUCAUUUCUCCGGGUACCACCAUGUUGAAGUUCAACAAACCAGAGCUAGAUGCUUGCGACUCUCCUGAGAAGUAUCCGCAGCUGUUCCAUGUGAUACUGGACGUGGAGGUGGAGGGGAUGGACAAGCAAAAAGACCUGACGCCACCGUGGGAGCAGUUCCCCUGUAAAGACUUGAACCCCAGCGUGCUCUUCUCCUGCCACCAGGAGCAUCAGGAUGCCCUAGCUAUUGCUGAGCCAAGCCGGCCCCAUGGAGGUCCAGACGGUCGGGGUCACGGUGAGGAGAGCGAGCCUUCCGACGAUGAGAUGCUCUCUCUCUCAAGCCAGCAAAGCAACGCCAGUACGGCCCCCCAGCGACCCGACCCCCCUACUCCGAUGCCUGCCGCCCCUGCACCCGCUGCGGAAGUGGAUCUUCUUGGCCUCGAUGGGGACAUCAGCCGUCCUUCAUCUCAGGCCCCCUCUGCUGCAGCUGCAACCACUGACCUCCUAGGGGACUUGUUUGGGGCCUCAGCCCAGCCAGCCAGUGGGGCGUCAUCUGCCCAUUCCACACCACAUAAAGUAGUCCCAAACACUGCCUCGCCGUGUCCCUCUCCUGCACCAACAGCGUUUGAUCCCUUUGGGACGGGUCCCAUGCCUAAGCCUCAGGACAUGAUGGGUUCAUUCCUUGGACCAGGUAAUGUGGGGCAGCCAGACCCCUUCCUGCAUGCUGCUCGCUCUCCAUCACCCACCCUGCAGCCUACAAGCUUGGGCCGGAGUUCCCCUGUCCCGCCCUCGACCCCAACCGUCAACAUUCAGCAGCAAAAUGCAAAAGGAGGAUGGGACUGGAACAGACCCGCUACUACAAGCACAGGAGCAGGCUUUGGUAUGGGCAGUCGAUCAGCAACUACUAGCCCCACAGGCUCGGUCCAUAGCACCCCCACCCACCAAACCAAGCCAAACACCCUGGACCCGUUCGCUGAUUUAGGCAACCUUGGGGGAAGCCUUGGAGGUUCUGGCUUCUCCAGCAAACCUACCACUCCUACUGGAACUGCCCCUUCACAGCCCCCAAUGGGCUCCCCAUCUCGACCUCCUCCGUCUCCCCAGCACGUAGAAGGGUGGCAGUCCCACGCAGGAGGCGGCUUCCCCUCAUGGCAGCCAGGUGCCGGAGGUGGUGCAGCAUGGCAACCCCAAGGACAGAGCCCUGCCCCACAGCCAAAGCCCAGCCCCAGCCACACCCCCAUGCCUCACACAUCGCCCCAGAACCGACCCAAUUACAAUGUCAGCUUCUCUGCAAUGGGAGGGGGCUCGCCGAGCGCAGGGGUCAAAGCACAGCCUAGCAUGGGUACUAAGCCCAAAGCUUCAGAUGCCAACUUCGAUGACCUGCUGUCAGGUCAGGGCUUUGCAGGGACCAAAGAGAAAAAAGGGCCCAGGACUAUUGCAGAGAUGAGGAAGGAGGAGCUGGCCAAAGAGAUGGAUCCUGAGAAAAUAAAGAUUCUGGACUGGAUCGAGGGGAAGGAGCGUAACAUCCGCGCUCUGCUGUCCACCAUGCACACUGUGCUGUGGGAGGGAGAGACGCGCUGGAAGCCUGUGGGCAUGGCUGACCUGGUUACUCCAGAACAGGUCAAGAAGGUCUACCGCAAAGCAGUCCUGGUCGUCCACCCUGAUAAGGCGACAGGACAGCCCUAUGAACAAUAUGCCAAGAUGAUUUUCAUGGAACUAAAUGACGCCUGGUCAGAAUUUGAAAGCCAAGGACAAAAACCCCUCUACUGAACGAAUAUUGCCAGAAUGUGAGCGAGGAUAGGAUGUCCUUCCCGAUUCUGUCAUCUAAUCCUAAAAAUGUGUCACCACCUCUGGUCAACAUACUACAGCCGCACCCUACAACAUCUGCCUUUAUACCUGUGCUUCGACCCGUACUUCUCUUCUCACCGCACACAAACACAGAAUAUUCAGUUGAUCUGCAAAGAUGGCAAAACACCACAGAACUCCAGUGACUAACAGUGUAACUGAACAAAUUACUUCAAGUAGCUCAGACGUACCUACCUACAGUACUGUAUGUGUGUGGUGCAGCUUUGUCCUUCCUUGUUGAGCGUCCUUAGCCCUGAAACCAACCCACCAAUCAAAGCAGUCACCGGGACGUCUAGAAAAACAAAACAAACGUUUCACAGGAGACAGAUCAAAAGAUAGCGGUCAACACACGAGAUAAGAGAAGAACAGAUCAGGGAGUAAACUGAACAAGCAUUUUAACAGACUGCUCUAAAUAAGGCUGGCAGAGCGUUGGAUAGUCUGUAAGGCACAAAUAAGCAUUUAACAGCAAUCAAGUCAUUUACUAUGUAAUCUGUGUCAACACUGGAUCCAUCAUCAGUUCUGUCAUAUCAAAUCUGUAAUUUUUAAUACAAUUUAAUGUUCUUAAAAGUACGGAAAAGGAACAGUGUUAUCUAGUUAUAUAUAUUUGUUUUUACCUACAAAGUUGCUUUCCAUCCAAAACAGGCUGUUUGGAGGUACGGAUCUGAUUUAAAAAGUGUUGUGAAAGUGCAAAAGGAAUGAAAGCAAACUGCUAUUACAGCUUUUGACAGUCACUCUGAUUACAGGUUGGCUUCCAUAUCCAUUAGCCUUAUGUAUUUGGGAUAAUUGAAAAUGAAAAAUGAUGGGACUCUACAAUAAAAACAGGUCAGGCGGCUGCUACAAAUUCAGUUCCUGACUUAAUAUUAAUGUGACAGAUUAACAAAAAGGUGUAUGUACUGUAGGAGAAUGGUUUAUUAUCGGUGUGUCUGAUAUAAUCAAGCUGUGCGUGUUUGGGAAUUGAGGAUUGUAAACUGUAUUUUAGGAUUAGCACAUGUACAGUUCCAAACAUGAAGCACCUUGAGGCCUCAUGGAUACUCAUACAGUAACGUGUAUUUUUGCAGGAGAGCUCUGUGAAUGCACAAACUUUACUCGGUGCAGCUUUGAAGGAAGCCAUUGUUAUUUAUUUAUUAGUUCAUUUUAAUUUUUGUUUUGUUUUUGUUUGUAACAGACCUGCUGCAUUAUUGUGAUUUAAUUGAACUGAACAUGUCGUCAGCUAAUGUAUGUAAAGGACAUGUCCAGCAUAUUUUAGGCCAUUAUAGUUUAACUCAUCGACUGGCUGACAACCGAGCAAAACCAUGGAAUAAUUUGUAAGGCUAUAUGAUAUUUUGUGUGUGUGUGUGUGUGUGUGUGUGUGUGUGUGUAUAACCUUACUAGUUUGUUUUAAACAUUAUUGUCCACAAUGUGGAAAAUUGAAUUAGAAUAUGAAUUACAAGUCAGUACUAAGAAACAGUAAAAACAUCUGGAGAGCUGCAGUCAUAUGUGCAGUAGCCCUGAGAGAAAAGAGAAGAAGAAAGUCUGAUCUAAAUUGUUUUCUCCACAGUCAUAAUCACAGGAAAGUAAAUGGAAAAAACAUGGUGUGAAAACAGGAUUUGCCAGGAGAAAAAAAAGUUUUGCCAGGAUCUUUUUCACAUUUGUAAAAACUAGUGCAAACAUUGUGUUUAGAGUGCAUGAUGAAAUUAAAACUCACCUAGAAAAAAACAUGAAUGCUUUUUCGACCCAUUUAAAACAUGUGGUGGUGGUGUACUCCACCCUCUUGUGGCCGGAAUGAGUAUUACAACAACAAACACUGAAAACAUUUUGUUGCUUUCAUGGAUGAAGAAUUCCUUGGAAAAUGUUCAUGUUCAUGAACUACUCUUCAAUGUUUUUUCACCUGGCAAAACUUUUCAAACCUGUCACAGAUUAUUUUUAAAGAAGAUUAUCCUGGUAUAAACCUGGAUAAAAUUGUUUUUAUUUAGAUCAGCAUUGAAAAUGGAUUUUAAAAAAAUGACUUGCCUUUCAAGGCUUCUUUACAAAUGCAAAGUACAGAAUUUCACAAACAAGACAAAUGUGCACAUUCAGUGAGGGGGGGUGGGGGGCUGUACUAUUGACUAUGUUUUUGAUAAGCUUUUAUAGUCUGCAAUAACUUUUUCCACACUACAAAAAGCUGCACUUCUGUGCUGCUCAUGUAACAUCUCUAUUGAUCAGACAAAAUCCCUACAAUACAAGAGUUGUUGGUUGAUUUUGCAGAGAUGGAAAAUGUUCUCAUGCUGUAAGAUGAUACGUAAACUGUCUGAUGAAUUAAUUAAUUUGCUUUACUGUAUCUCACUUCCUCAUAUCUAAAAAUCCUCAUUACACUCAGAUUCUAAAUGUAUCUGCCGUUAUUACAAGACUUAUCAAAGCACUGAUGUGCUGCAUUAUUACUUUGACUUCGUUUGUUUACAUUUGAGAUAUUUUCCUCAAAGCACUGACACUUUUGUUUCUAAUUAUCAUGCAGCUUCUUGUCUGGAUUUGUGACACAAUUUCCUUAUCAAGUGAGGUACAACACUCAUGGCUGUACAUGUCGCAGGUUUUUAAAAGAACAGAUUUAAAUUCUCCCCAUGUAAUUUCAUUCAUGCUGGUGUGAUUGUUGCUCUGUAUGGCAGAAACUGACAUUGUCUCCUUGUGUAAAAAGUAUUUCAUAGUCCUGAAAUGAAGUCCAUGGGCCAAUGAAAGACAUUCUCAAUUUAAUUUUCCACAAAUAUGAUCCUAUAUUAUCUUCCCACUUAGAGUUCUACUAUAAAACCAUGUAUAGCUUUUUAAAAAAUCUGUUAUCAUUUCAAAAAUGUGUUUUGCCUUCUCAUAUUCAUGAACUAUUCAUCUCUCUCUUUCUCUUUCUCUCUCUCUGUUUUGGAGAUGUAGAUGAAGGAUUAGAUCAUUUUUUGUUUGUCUUUAAGCAAUGUUAACUAUCAUAAUGUUUUUUUUUCCUUUCUUGGACUUCAUUAUUACCCAGGAUUCCCAGUUUGUUGACUGAAUACUGACCAGUGGAAAAAGACUGCUAUAUAAAGUGUUGUUUCUUCAACUGGGUUUGGGACCCAGAAUGGAUCACAUAGCAGGGCAUCUUGGCUGAAAUGGGUCCCUGAACAAGACUCUUGUUCUCAGGCUGAACAUGCUGAACACUGAUCUUGAGGCUACUGCUUUCUUUGGUGACUUUCCGGACACAGGAGGUGUGUAGUAUGUGCUUCUGUGCUCUAUUUACACUGAGGACCUACAUGUGAAAUAACCCUCAUAAAUCUCCCUCGCUGACUGAAUUCUCUAUCUGCAA